UCGAGGCCCACCGGUCCCGACUCGUAAAGCGGGGAAGGGGGAGACGCGCAAGAAAAAGCAGAAAUACAAAAACAAUCGGGGGCCGCCGCCAUCUUGAGCGCAAUCGGAGUGAGCGCUGGGUGGGAGGCAACGCGGCCGCGGCACGGAGCUCAGCUCCAGCAGCACUUACAGCAGCGGCAUCAGAACCUCGGCGGGAGCGCGCACAGGGCCCGGGGAAGGCGCUCAUAUCCUCCAUUGCUCGCCUUAGCACGAUCGUGUGCGUAAGAGAGAGACGGGAUCGAGCGACAGAGAGAGAGAGAGAGCGAACGAACUCCAGUCUUCAUCGAGCGCGCCUCCACCUCAUUCCUCCGUAUAUUCCACUUUAUAUUAUUCGCCCUUUUACUGUAUCUUACCACCCCGGUGUGUGUGCCUCUCGAUGUGGAUUUGAUUUUUUUUCCCUUCUGUUUUCUGGAGGAUUCGAUCACUCGCGGCUUUCGCACUCCGUGCUCCCAUGAGGACGUGUUACUGGCGCUGCUGCACGUCUGACCCGGUGGGCUGAGUCCAGGGGACUCCCGGCACCCGCCGUCCGUCGGCACCCAUCGGUCAGGGACGCGACCUCAUGCACAGCGCUGACAUGUUCCCACGCGCGAACCGCGUCCGCGGGCUGCCUCGCAGCUGCGCUCCGCUGCUGCACUGAGCUGGAGAAAAGACAUCGUGUGAAGUAAACGGUUGCACUUUUCACGGACGAUUCUGCUGUAAAAGAGCCCAACCGGGGAAGGUGGAGCAACAAGCUGCAGGGGCAGCGAUCGCCAGCGCCGCGCACAGCGGUCCGGAGCGCGAUCCGCACGGACAGCCACGGGGAGCUCUAUAAUAAGACAUAGUUGUUGGCACUUUUUGCGUUUCUGCGCGCGCGGACGGAGCUGAGCCGCUCCUGCGGACACACACACGGGGCUCUCACGCGCUCCUGCACGCGGCUCAUCGCGGACCGGCCACUCCGCCCGGAGAAUUUGCACUCUAUUUCGUUGCGCCCCCCUCCCCCCAAAAAAAGUGACUGCUUCGCAUGGGUGUUUUUUGCGUGGACUCCGGGGUUUAAGGAGCCGCUUCUCACGUCAGCCUGCCCGGCCGUGGGUGCUUUCUGCGCUCGGAUCGUGUGUGUGUGCGUGUGUGUCCGCCCGCGCGGGGACAUGGGAGCCGCCACCAAGCUAGCCCUCGCGCUGCUCCUCAUCACUUGUUCAUCAGGUGCGAUCCUGGGCCGCUCGGAGACUCAGGACUGCGUGUACUACAACUCGAACUGGGAGAAGGACCGCACGAACCGCAGCGGCGUGGAGCCCUGCUUCGGGGAGAAGGACAAGCGGCGGCACUGCUUCGCCACCUGGAAGAAUGUGUCGGGUUCCAUCGAGAUCGUCAAGCAGGGCUGCUGGCUGGACGACGUCAACUGCUAUGACAGCAGCGAAUGCGUUGAGAGGAAGGACGGUCCCCCCGACGUCUUCUUCUGCUGCUGCGAGGGCAACAUGUGCAACGAGAAGUUCUCCUACAGCCCCGAAACAGUUCAAGCCACCUCAAACCCAUAUCCCAUGAAGCCUCCUUUCUUCAGCACGCUCCUGUACUCCUUGGUGCCCAUCAUGGGCCUUGCUGCCAUCGUGAUCUUCUCCUUCUGGAUUUACCGCCACCAUAAACUGGCGUACCCUCCUGUCCUGGUGCCCACACAGCACGCCUUUCAUAUAAUGAUAGAGGACCCUGGACCCCUCCUCCCGUCACCUCUCCUUGGUCAGAAGCCUCUGCAGUUGCUGGAGAUAAUGGCCAGGGGGCGCUUCGGCUGCGUGUGGAAGGCCCAGCUGCUAAGUGACUACGUGGCCGUCAAGAUUUUCCCCCUGCAGAACAAGCAGUCCUGGCAGAACGAGUAUGAGAUCUACAGCCUGAGUGGCAUGCGGCACGACAACCUGCUGCAGUUCAUUGGUGCCGAGAAGAGGGGCUCCAACAUAGAUUUGGAGCUGUGGCUCAUUACCGCCUACCACGAAAAGGGUUCCCUCACUGAUUACCUGAAGGCCAACGUGGUGUCCUGGAGUGAACUGUGCCACAUUGCUCAGACCAUGGCUAGAGGCCUCGCAUACCUUCACGAGGACCGACCCGGCCUCAAGGAUGGCCACAAGUCCGCCAUCGCGCACAGGGACAUCAAGAGCAAGAAUGUGCUUCUGAAGAGCGACCUGACCGCCUGCAUCGCUGACUUUGGACUAGCGCUCAGGUUCGAGGCGGGGAAGUCCGCAGGUGACACGCAUGGCCAGGUGGGCACCCGGCGGUACAUGGCCCCCGAGGUCCUGGAGGGGGCCAUCAGCUUCCAGCGAGAUGCCUUUCUGCGGAUAGACAUGUACGCCGUGGGGCUGGUGCUUUGGGAGCUGGCGUCACGCUGUACAGCUGCAGAUGGCCCAGUAGAUGAGUACAUGCUACCCUUUGAGGAAGAGGUGGGCCAGCACCCAUCCCUAGAGGACAUGCAGGAGGUGGUUGUCCACAAGAAGCUACGGCCCACGCUGAGGGAGUGCUGGCAGAAACACCCGGGCUUGGCCAUGCUCUGUGAGACCAUCGAGGAGUGCUGGGACCACGAAGCUGAGGCGCGCCUGUCAGCCGGCUGUGUGGAGGAACGAGUCAUUCAGAUGCAGAGACAGACCAGUGUCACCGCUCCAGAGGAGAUCGUCACCGUUGUCACCAUGGUGACCAAUGUGGACUUCCCACCAAAGGAAUCCAGCCUAUGAUGAGCUCAGCAUGUGUGGAGGCAGGGCUGGUGAGGGGGUCAUGAUCUAGGUGAUAGGUGGUGUAGCCAUGCCAAUAAAUUGGAGAACAGUCCGUAUGUAAAGCCCCCUGUGAACUCAGAGGUGAAGACGGUGGACUUUUCCCUUCCCCUGUAAGUCUUGAGCGUGGAUUUGAUGGCAUGCAGAGGGGGAGUGGCUUCCACUGGGAGUCUCCACCCACAUCAAAACUGAUUUCAUACUGGCUCACUACAUUCAGACUGGUUUCUACCCAUUACACUUACCUGUGUGUGUGCCUGAAGACUGGUGUCUCACUCAUGUUGUCAGCCAAGGGGACGAAAGACAGUCACAAUCAGGAUCGUUCAAAAAAACCACUAAAAGGUAGAAACAAAAUUCAUUGUCUGCUUUUUGAAAGGACAUUGUCAUCAUAAUCAAACUUUUGGCAGGAAAUUCUUUUGUAUCAAAGAAAAAAAAGACUUUGUGACAGACGUUUGCUAGUUUUUCUAUGAAAAGACAAAAAACUAUAAGAACUCCCACAGCAUUUCAUUUGAGUAUAAGAAGGGCAACCUGUUUUUAAACACAUUUACUGUUUUUUGUGUUUAUAUAAAUGACUAUUGUAAUGCCAAUAAGAAACAGCUUCUGAAUGUUUAGUGUACUGCUGCUGUACAUACA